UCCUUAAAGCGGAAGCAGUCUUUGAAAGCAGGGUGAUGGCCAGCGAAAACGAGCCUGCCAAACUCCUUCUACCCUACCUUCAACGCGCCGAUGAGUUGCAGAAACACGAACCCCUCGUCGCCUACUACUGUCGAUUAUAUGCGAUGGAAAGAGGGCUGAAAAUUCCUCAAGGCGAGCGUACCAAGACCACCAACUCCCUCCUCAUUUCCCUCAUGAAACAGCUAGAAAAGGAUAAGAAGGCAUUGAACUUGGGGCCUGACGACCACUUGCACUUGGAAGGAUUUGCCUCAAAUGUUUUUGCAAGAGCAGACAAGCAGGAUCGAGCUGGACGAGCAGAUUUGAAUACUGCAAAAACCUUCUAUGCUGCAAGCAUUUUCUUUGAGAUUCUUAAUCAGUUUGGUGAACUUCAGCCUGAUCUUGAACAGAAACAGAAGUAUGCAGCAUGGAAAGCAGCUGAUAUUAGGAAAGCUUUGAAAGAGGGAAGGAAACCCCAACCAGGCCCUCCUGUUGAUGAAAAUGAUCUAUCACUACCAUCAAGUACCACAAGUGGUGCAUAUGAUCUUGGGCCUAGCCAAACUGGUCCAUCUUUCAAUCCAGGACCGGAAUCUGAUCCAUCACCUCAAUUUAAUGGUAGUCUGAGCCGCCAGCAUUCCUUAAAUAUUACACCAUCACCUCCCCCUACAAAUAUUACACCAUCACCCCCCCCUACAAAUAUUACACCAUCGCCUCCUCCUACAAGUUUUCCACCAUUGCCUCCAAAUGUUCCACCACCUCCCUCUUACCGUGGUGCUGAUUAUCCUUCCCAUGAUUUUCAUCCACCACCUCCGACUAACAGAUCUGAAAAUUCUAGUUAUCCUCAGCCAUACCACCAUCAACCCUACCCACAAGAACCACAGCAGCAAUUGCCACAAAAUUGUCCUUCUCAUGAAACACCCUCAUCUUAUUCUUAUCCUAAUUUCCAGUCUUACCCAAGCUUCACUGAGAGCAGCCUUCCAGCCGCCCCAUCUCAUUAUCCUUCUUAUUAUCAAGGCUCGGAUGCUUCAUACUCCCCCCAGUCAGCUCCUGUUUCAAGUUAUCCAUCAGCUGCUCAAUACAAUUCAAGCGGCGGAAAUGAGGCCAUUUCAGAGCCUGCACCAACUUCUUCCCAAACAUAUCAAUAUGACAGCAAUUACCAGCCACCAGCGGAGAAAAUUGCUGAGGCACACAAGGCUGCAAGGUUUGCAGUUGGGGCUUUGGCAUUUGAUGAUGUAUCAGUUGCAGUGGACUUCCUUAAAAAAUCCCUUGAAUUGCUGACAAAACCAUCUGCAGACCAGUAAGUUUGUUACAUUUGAGCGGGUCCUGAUUCUGUUUGUUAUUUUUAUUUGUUUUGGGUUUUGCUUUGUAAAGGUAAUCAUAAUAUUGCAUAAAUCACAAUACAGUUUCCCAUGUUGACACAUUUAUGUGAAUGAAAGUUACUGAUAUUUGCCUUUAAACUCUUA